UCAGUGAGCAUUGCGCGAAGUGUACUGUUGCUAAGCAACGCCGUCAGACGAAGAUGGACGCUUCCGAGACGCUAAGAGAUGAAGUUACUUUACAAGAGCAGGCAGAUGUCGUGGGGGUUGUAGAGUGUGAAGGAAACCCUGAGGAAGAGCACAAGUUAAUCCCACAUGACAUGUAUUACAACUAUGAGGACCUGUGCUCCAGACCCUUCAUCACCGCAGACUCCAACAUCCCACAAAACCUACUGCACCUGUCACAUUCGUUUGGCUAUGACUGUGGACGGAGAGGAAACCUACAGCUAUUGGAUGAGCACACGUUGGCGUUCAUAGCUGGAAAUCUGCUCAUCCUAUUGGAUGUGCACACUAAAGAGCAGCGUUACAUCCGCUCUAGCAGUGGGGGUGGCAUUGGUGCCAUCAUGACUCAUCCAAGUAAGCAACAUUUCGCAGUGGCAGAGAAAGGUUGUCAGCCUAAUAUCAUCAUAUAUGAGUACCCAUCCCUGCGGCCUUACAGGAUCCUCAGAGGUGGCACAGGCAGCACAUAUAGCUAUGUGGAUUUUAAUCGUGAUGGCUCUUUAAUGGCCAGUGUGGGUGGUGCUCCAGACUACAUGCUUACACUGUGGGACUGGAGGCAAGAGCAAGUGAUGCUGUGCAAUAAAGCUUUUUCUCAGGACGUCUACAGGGUCACCUUUUCCCCCGACUGUGUCGGACAGCUCACUACAUCUGGCACAGGACACAUUAGAUUCUGGAAAAUGGCCAAUACCUUCACUGGUUUAAAGUUGCAAGGGUUGCUAGGAAGUUUUGGAAAAACAACUGUAACAGAUAUAGAAGGAUAUGUGGAGCUUCCGGAUGGAAAGGUUGUGUCAGGAUCAGAGUGGGGGAAUAUGCUCCUUUGGGAGGGGGGUCUGAUAAAGGUGGAAAUAUGCCGUAAAGGUAGACGCACCUGUCAUAGCGGAACCAUUUACCAAUUUAACCUGGAUGAGGGAGAACUAAUGACUGUAGGAUCUGAUGGUGUAGUCAGAAGUUGGAAUUUGGAGACCAUAGACACAGCAGAUGCAGUUGAUGACAGUGGCUUGUUUGAGAUUGAACCCAUGAAUGAAAUAACAGUAGGCCGUAAUGUCAGCUUGUGUUCUAUGGUCAAGAGCUCCAUCCCAGAAACCUCCAUCUGGUUCGCUCAGGACUCGAAAGGCAGUAUUUGGAAACUGGAUCUCUCAUUCUCCAACAUUACCCAAGAUCCAAAGUGUCUCUUUUCAUUUCAUGCUGGUGCCAUUCAGGGCAUGGAUGUUUCUGAAAGUAGCCACCUCAUGGCUACUACAGCAUUGGACUCUUCUGUCAGGGUGUUUGACUUUCUUUCAAAGAAAGAGCUCACGAUAAGUCGCUUCAAACAAGGAGGGACAACGCUUACCUGGGCCUCAGACAUGCUGAACAGUGCCGGGGGUCUGCUGGUCGUCGGUUUUGAUGAUGGUGUGGUACGUCUCUUGGAGCUGUAUAACCCUCAGAGUUUGCACACGGUUGCAGGGCGCACACACACUGGAGAUGCCGAACUCCGCCUUAGACAAGCUCUCAAGCCCCACAAUGCACCUGUCACCGCCAUUGCUUAUGAGAGAAAUAGAAAGAUCAUGGCUACUGGGAGCACAGACAGCACUGUUUUCUUCUUUACGGUGGGAGAAAGAUAUGAGCCAAUUGGGUUUGUUACUGUCCCAGGACCUGUACAAGGCCUGGAGUGGUCACCUCAGUCACAUGUAAAAAACACUCUGCUGAUCUUCUGUCAAAAUGGUCAUGUGGUGGAAGUUCAAUGUCCUGAUCCUGGAGCUCAGACCGGUGGAAACACCUUCCAGCUCUCAGGACUUCCUACAAUGCAUUUCUGCUUCAGCAGCAUCAAGUCCCGAAUUAAGAGAGAUGCAGAGGUAGCACUCAGGCAGGCCAGAAAAGAGGAGAAGAAGAAAAAGAGGGAAGAACGCUUGAAGAAACUGUUGGAGCAGAAACCAGAUGCCACAGAGGAAGAACUACAGGAGAAAGAGCAAGAAGAAGAAGAAGAUGAGGAAGAAGUGGAACUGCCUCCUCUUUAUUUUCCAUCUCGACCCAGUCCUUUACACUGCGGCUUUUACUCAACACCAGGGUCAUUCUGGCUUUCUAUGGGUGGCUAUGACUCAGGGUAUCUGUACCACUGUAAGUUCUCUGAACAGCAGAGCGAAGAUCCAUUAGAGAGGAAAGAUGAGCCCUUCUUCUUCAUACCUGUACAUGACACAGACCAUAACCCCAUUCUCACCAUCACUUUCAAUUCCAGCAGGCAGUUAUUGUUAUGUGGCAUGGAGGAUGGCAGUAUUCGGGCAUACCCCGUACAGGCCUCGGACCAUCAGCUCAGCUCCAUGCAGGCGUACUGGGCCCUCAGCGUCCAUGACAACCACUACGGCCAUGUGAGCCACAUCCGCUUCAGCUUUGAUGAUAUGUUUGUCCUGACAGCAGGAGAGGAUGGCAACAUCUUUUCCUUCAGCUGUUUGCCAGAGGAAGAGCUCCAGAAAGCCAUGCAGCUCAAACAUGCUAAAGUGCCGUCUCCACGGGUUGGGCUAGAGAUGGAGAAAGCAGCACAGGACAUAGAGGAUCCAUCUGCUUACAGCAUAGAAACAGCUAAACAGAAGCUGGAGCUGGACCGCAUGCAUAAGGAAGCUGAAGAGAGGAAACAGGAGCGGCGUAAGAAGCUGGCUGAACUGCAGAGUCAAUUUCAAGCUAUACUGGAGCAGAACCAGAGCCUUCCUGAACACAUUCGCCUCCAUCGCUCGGAGUUUGAACUGGACCCGCGCUUCCACGAGGAGAUUGAAAGACAGACUGAAGAGCGAGUAAUGGAGGUCAGGAAAGAACUGUCCUGGGAGGAGGAGAAACACCGGAUUGGCCUCAACAAACUACAGACCAUGUUCUGGGAGUCAGUGGUGCAGGACACAGUCACAGUGUAUGCGUUUAAGAGUGGACAUAAGAUCUCCAACUAUAGGCUGUUGGCUCUGCCUGCCAUACAAAUGCAUCUGCACCAGCAUGGCACAGCGGCCUCUCAGAGUGUACAAGAGCAUUGGCGGAACAAAGCACAGCCCGGCAAAGAAGCCAGCAACAUUUCACUGCAGGAUGAGCUGGUAACAGAUUCUGUGAUGCAGUCAGGAAGGAUGCAGUCAGCAUCUCGGAAACUGGGCAGCAGAGAGGCAGAGAAACUCCGCAAAGCUGCCGAGAAGGCAGAGAAAGCUCGAGCCAUGAUAGAGAAGAGGAAAAAAGAGUGGGCAGAACUCUAUGCCUCAAAGCCCAGUGAGGACUAUGAGGACCCUAAGGAUGUGGAAGCGAUUCGAAUGGCUAAAGAGAAAAUGGGUGACUUUAAGCUGAAGUCUGCGAAAGACUUUACUGUCCCUGAACACCUGAGGAUGAACGUGGAGAAGAAGAGAGUGCAGUUAGUGGAACUGGAGAAGAAGAUCUUUGAGAAGAAGUCUGAGAUGAACUCCCGUGUGAUGGCUCUUAGAGACAGUAAGGUGGAGAUUGUGUCUCAGCUUCAUGCCAAGGUGGAGCAGCUACAGGCGAUCCAGCAGCACCUGCCACCCGAGAAGCGUCAUCCACUGCCAGCUGUGCCUGUUUUAAUGCCAGAAGAGAUUCCAGAGAGGAAACACAGAUACACCCGGGCAACCUUGGAGCGUUACGCCACUCUUAGGGUCAAGAUGGCUUCCACUGGUCUGGAUGAACAACAGAAUGGGGAGAACAUCCUGGAGCUGCUUGAACAAGAGACACAACACACACACACUGAGGCUCAGAACACGCACAUGGAGGAUGAAGGUGUGGAAACACACUCUCAGAAGCAGGAAGAGGAACUCACAGAGCUAGAGAAAGAGAUGAGAGAAGUUGAGGAGACCAGAAACCUGUACCAGCAGGACAAACUUCUUAAACAGAUGGAGGAGGCAGUGUGGUGUUUCGACGCAGAGUUACGUGUGUUGCGUCACGAGAAGCAAGAGCUGGAUGUGUACAUGAAAAUGGCUGAUCUAAGACAUGUGACCCUGUUUGAGGAGCUGCUGCUUUUGAAGGAGUUUGAGAAGAGAGAGGACAUACUACAGGAGCGACUGACCACCUAUAUACAGGAAGAGCAAGAGAUCAGGGCCAAGAUGCAUGAAUGUAAGAAGCAGAUGGAGCUGAAGAAGAGAGACAUCCUGAGACUCCAAGGGAAGGAGAAAACUCUCACCGCCACCUUUCAGGCCUCAUUGGGGGAGAACAACAAGUUUGAGGAGUUCCUCACCAAAGUGUUUAAGAAAAAAAUCAAGCGUACGAAGAAGAAAGAAACACAUGGAGGUGAAGGCGGUGAUGUGACAGAUGAUGAAGAUGACAGCGAUGAAGACUCUGAUGAUGAAUCAGACAGGGAUAAUGAUGAGGAUUAUGAUGACUCUGAGACUGGAGCUCCCCUGGAUGACAGUGUGUGCCCACCAAACUGUGAUCCCGAGCUCUUUGAUAACACACUGAGGUUGCGUGAACAUCGUCUGGACGUGGAGGAGCAGCAGCAAGAGGAGAUAAAAAUUGUUGAGAGUUUAAAGAAGGAGUGUGACACACUGGCCAAGAAAGAGAAGAUUGUGCAGAACAAUCGUAAGGCAGCGGAGGGCGAUCUGGAGCUCAUUAAUCGAGAAAAGCAGCAAAGGCUGAAUGAAGUGGAUGUGGUGGUGCCACUCAGACUGCAUCAGAUUGAAUAUGUGAAUAAUGAUCUCUUGCCGGGUAAGCUUGACUCAGCACUGAUCCUGAACACAGCUGAUCUACAGCGUUUGCAGAAACGCAUUAAAGAGUUACAGGAGGAGAAGAAUGAACAGCGAGAGCUCUAUAAACACGCCAAACAACAACAUGUACAGCUCAGACAUGACCUUAAAGACAUGGAGGCCAGAAUAAAGGAAUCAGAAGUACGUUGCGAGCAGCUGAUGCUCAUGAAGUUUGGAAAGCUGGUUGAACUUGAAGUUCUGCAGACUCUUUCAGGCAACAGGAAGGUAGAGGAGAUGAGACAAGAGGUCAGAGAACGAGAUGCCAAAAACACACAGGAGCUCAAACACUGGGAGGCAAAAGUUGCUGAAGCAAGAGAGGCACUGACUGAAGUCACGAAACAGAACACAGAGAGACUACGUAAAAUGAACAGCCUGCUUAGCCAGAAAAAAGCAUUGGACGACCAACUCAACUCCAAACAGAGGAAGACGGUGGGUCAGUUCCAAGGCCGUCUGGUAGAGAAACAGGAACUGCAGAGGCUGCAGCAGCUGGUAGCAGCUCAAGCACAAGACAUUGAGGCUCUCAGCGAUGAGAUCCGUGCUCUCUCACGCAAAGAUGGACACAUUCUCCCUCCGCUCGAACCUGUCCCGCCUCCGAUUCCGGCCCCGCCCCACAGACACACAGCAAGCAAUUCUGGUGUGCACAGGAAACUCAACAUCAGUAGCAAAGCUGUGAAAUAGAUCCACAAAAUCAGCAUGUUAGCACACAGACCUCAAACUAUCAAUCUGUUCCCAUAGACAUAUACGAUAGGCUAAAUAUGCAAUUGUCUAAAUGCAAUAAAUUCUUACCUUGGUGAUUUUAA